CGAAUGCGGCCGGGGUCCAUUGCGCCGGCGCGCGGAGCGGUGCAUGUCGGGACGUGUAGUCUCCCCGCCGCCUUGAGGGAGUGACCGUUCCUGUGCAGGGCCCGGCGCAGGAACCUCCGCGGCCUGGAGCUAUGGGACCAAGGCCCCGGGAGGGAAGUCACUUACCAGAGUGCGUGGGUUCUUCAUCCAGAACUCAAGUCUUCUGACUCUUGGGAACAGCAAGACCUGACCUCCCAGUUCCUCUCUCCAUGUGCUUGUCUGAGCAGGCCCACGUCGACCGGGAGUGACUUCGCAAUUGGCCCAGCAUGAACUGGAAGGUCCUUGAACACAUGCCCUUGCUGCUGUAUAUCUUGGCAGCAAAAACCUUAAUUCUCUGCCUGGCAUUUGCUGGAGUCAAAAUCUACCAACGGAAAAGAUUAGAAGCAAAACUGGAAGCUGAAAAAAAGAAGCAGUCAGAGAAGAAAGAUAACUAGAGGGAAAAAUCAAAGGUUGAAUUCUGUGCUGCUCUGAAAAUUUGAGGAUUCAACUACGGUGGCAGGGGUUCCUAGAUCAGCGGUCCCCAAACUUGGCUACGGAUCAGAAUUGUUGAAAGUGCAGAUUUCCAGGCCCCAACCCCCGAGAGAUUCCAUUACGUGGGUGUAGACAUCUGUUCUCUUGAAAAACCAUUAAGGGAUUCUUCUUUCUUUUUUUUCUUUCUUAACAUACGUAGGUGUAUUUUUUAUUUAAAUUUUAGUUAGUUAACAUGCACUGGGGGAUUCUUAACACAGCCCUUCCAGCAACGUGUCGCUCUAGGAGCCACUGGGCCAGCAGUCUCCUAACCCCCCCCCCUCCACCCAGAGAUCCCAUGCUUCCCUAAAUCGGAAUUCCCAUAGAGGAUUUUUAAAAACCUUUUUUAAU